UGCUAAUGCCAACGUCGCCGCGUCGAAGUCCACUUACUUUUCUGGGAGCUUGGUGCCUGGUAAACUAAACUACAGAGGAAUAAGUGGGGAUUUGGAUGUUGGUGGGCCUCACCAGUCCUCCUCCGCCUCUUCGUAGACGCCGACAAAGUCCAUCGCCUAGACGGCCAGUGACCGCGGUUGGUGCCCAGCCAGCGAAGCGGGAGCCAUGCCUGUCCCCGCUGGAUACCUCAGCGACUCCCCCGCUGCGGCCUUCGCAUCCUCGUCCUCGCUUAUCCCGCCGCCACCGAUAAACACCCAGCAGCCCGGCGUUGUCACCUCGCUGCUGUACAGCGGCUCCAAGUUCAGGGGCCACCAGAAGAGCAAAGGGAACUCUUACGACGUGGAGGUGGUUUUGCAGCAUGUCACCAUGGAGGAUUCCUACCUGUGUGGCUACCUGAAGAUAAAAGGACUGACAGAGGAAUACCCAACUCUGACCACGUUCUUCGCUGGAGAGAUCAUCAGCAGGAAGCGGCCAUUUCUCACCCGGAAAUGGGAUGCGGAUGAAGAUGUGGAUCGUAAGCAUUGGGGCAAGUUCCAGGCCUUCUACCAGUAUGCAAAGACAUUCAACUCUGAUGAUUUUGACUAUGAGGAUCUGAAGAACUCUGACUUUAUUUUCAUGAGGUGGAAGGAGCAGUUUCUAGUCCCAGACCACACAAUCAAAGACAUCAGCGGAGCUUCCUUUGCUGGAUUCUACUACAUCUGCUUCCAGAAAUCCACAGCAACGAUCGAGGGCUACUACUACCACAGGAGCUCUGAAUGGUACCAGUCUCUAAACCUCACCCACGUUCCCGAGCACAGCGCAGCCAUCUAUGAGUUCCGGUGACCCCGGCCGGCAUCGUGGAUCUUUGUGUUUUUUUUCUGAUGGACAGAGACUUGAGGCAAAGCAGAGGUCUGUGGAUGCUACUGAAGAGGAAAAGGAGAACAACCGGAGAUAAGAGUUUGGGCUUUGGCAAAGUGCAAACUCUUACAUGUUCUCAUUCAGUGGACGGACAGCUGAUUGAUCAGAGGACAGGACAGGACAAAUGAAUGUAUGUAUGGAUGAGACAAGAAGAAAGAGCAGUUCUGCUCCCUGGCUGGAGCUUGUAAAGUGAGAACCAGCAGCAGAGACUGGGUGUGGUUCAUACUUGUGUACCCUUUUCUUCAUUUGUUUUAACGUCUGGUUUAAAAAGAAAAAAAACACACACAAAAAAAAAAAAACACAAAAAAACGCUUGGCACAGUAUCUCGAGACACUUUAUAAGCUGAGUUGGGAAUUCCCCCACUUGUUUUGCAACUAGAGAUGUUUCCAGCUUUCAUCCAGCCGAUGCGGAAUGAGCUACAUAAACACAUUUGUCUACCGUUGGACAAGGAUUCCUCUGAGGAGUCUGCUCUUAUAAACACAAUCUGUAAAGUAAAUCACACAGAGAAGUUCUAGUUCAUGAUUUGAGCUCUUCAGGUUUGUGGAUUGGAGCUUUAAUCAGCCCAUAAGCUAGAAUAACAGUAUUUUUUUUAAAAGCUAAGCUGGUUCUUUGUUUGCCUGCCAAGAGGAUGGACGCAGAGUGGCACUUUUAACAGCUGCAAUGUGAGUGACACUUGAAACAAUCUUCCUCCCCGUGUUCAUAAAACUGCUUGGGAGAUUAUUAUCACAUGUGAUUGCUGUGGAUCUUGUUCUAUUGAGUUACAUUUGCACAAAGAUGGUCAAUAUGUUACUAUUGCUUGCAUCGCAGGAUUUUACACUCACAUGCCCCAGUACACGAGCUUCAAGGUUCAAGGUGGCAGGACAAGCUUUCUGACUAGUUUUUUAAGGGUUUGGAGCCAAAACAAUCACAUAAAAAUAUUCAAAAGUUUAGUUUUUUUUUACCCUGCACUCUGCAUUAAACAAAGAGCUUUUUACUCCUUAUGUGUUGUUUUAAAUUAAGAUCUCCACUAUCCCUACAUUUAUGUCUCCUCGACUAUGCAACACUUUAGACAUAGCACUCUCCCAACAUAAAACCUUCACUUUUCAGAGACAAAAUUUUAUUCUAUCGUUAUAGUAUAUGGAAAAAAGAAAAGAAUCUAUCUUCAUUGAAAAAAGUAUUUUUGUUAAAUUGCCUAUGAACACACUUUCUUCCCUGAUCAUGUUACCUUUCCAUGUGAUGGUGCCAUUUUUUAAAGCUUAUCAGAGUUGUAUUAUAACAGAUCAGAAGUGUGUUUGUUUGAGAAUAAGAAGCCUGGAUUUGACUGAUGGUGUGAAUGUAAAGAAUGGAUUGUGGAUUUGAAAAAAAAAUCAUAUCAAAAACUC